CAUGCUCUAUCAGCAUCGUCAGAUUAAUGAGUGCAUAUGGUAGUUAUUAUAUUUUUACUGUUUCUUCAUUUUUACAGGAAGCUCACACAAAUUGAGCGAAGAAUUCGACAGACUUGUUUGAGUUUAAAUGCUGAUCAUCACCGUUCACAAUGUUAUCUUCGUCGUGUGAAAAGUUCAUGCAUUUGUGGGCUGUGGUGUCAGUUUUUCUGACUGCGACUGAAGCCUGGAUAGCUGAGCCUGAUUCGAUAAGCCGACUGAAGAGUCUGCUGCUCCUACCACACGCGCUGCCCAGACGCAUUUGGGAGAACUCGCAGUCCUUCCAUCCAGUGCUGCACAUUGAUCAGGCAUCGAACUUCGUGAGCAACAUCACAUGCGAACACAUCGAGGUGCAGUUGUCUCAUACUCGGGAGUUUGAGUUUUUCCCUUGUUUUCAUAUGCACAACGCAGUUCGAAGGAGAAAGAAGAGAAAUUAUAGUCUUCUUCCAAAGUCUGAGAAGAUUUUGCAGACUUUUGAAAAGAAGCGAGUGUUCCACGAAAUUAUGGUGAAUUACCUCUUCACCCCGUGGCAGAUUUGAGACUAUGGAACUGCGUAUAACACGUUUCCUCGACACAUCCACUGGGUGGAAAGGCUGAUUGACUACAUCCACUGGGAGGCCGCUAUCAAGGCUGAUGGACCACAUCCACUGGAAGGCUCCUUUCAAGGGUGAUGGAUGGACAACAUCCACCGGGAAACCGCUAUCAAGGGUGAUGGACAACAAUUUUUGCGAGAAGUGUAGUCCUAGAGUUAAACACGGAAGUGGAAAGGCCUUGCAUUGUAUAUUAGAGCUACAUGUUAUUUUUUUUCUCGUUUCGCCAUCAGCCAUUCAUACCAUCUAUAAUAAGUAUGUAUCUUGUCUGUUGUGUCACAGGUUGUAAAUUAACUACAACCUAUGAUUUUGA